GACUUUCUCAGCUCGCAUCUACUUCGAGUUCCUCUUCCCUGACGCCAACAUUGUUCCUGGCAUUGCAGGUGGAAGCGAAGAUGCUCCGCUGAAUCCGGAUGGAACUCGCAAAGGCCUUCGGUUUUACACUGAACACAUCUCAUGGAUGAAUGCGAUAGAGCCCCCUUCGGUGCUUACCGACAAGCUUACUCCAGACAACGACAGCAUCCGCUGGGCCCUGGAAGUUCAGGGUACUUUCCUUGAGAAGUUUGAGUGCAACGACUUCCCGUUCGACACCCAAGCGCUGUCCGUAAGCAUCGAGUUCGCCAUGUCAAACGAAGGCCCAUUUCCCAUGGAUUUGUCAAUUGACCUUGCCGAUGCUUGCGACGUGAACGCCAAGCACUUCGUUUGGGACAGCGAGUAUGAUCUGGGGACAAGAACAAAGCUUGUGACGGAUGUUCGCCGCGUCUUGCAGACAAGGUCUUAUCCAGAUCUGACUUUCUCGUGCUAUGUGAGGAGGAGACCAUUCUUCUACACCGUAAACAUUGUACUCCCAAACAUGCUUCUGGCACUCUUGGCUGGGCUGCAAUUCUUCAUCCCAGUCGAAGACGUUGCUGGAAGGGCCAGCGUGUCGAUGACCUUGCUGCUGGUAUGUGCAUCCUAUUUCCACUACUCGGGAUCCUUGACUCCCACGGUCGGGUACUUGACCCUGAUGGAUACACAUUCGCUCUGGUGCAUGUCCGUGGUCAUUUCCAUGGUUUUCUGGGUUGGAGUGGUGAGGAGUUCCGAGUCGGAAGAUCUGGAAUACGUAGACAAAAUGGCGCUCUAUGGCUUCAUGGUCGUUUGGCUCCUUAUUCAGAUCGUCUUCGUGCUGCGCUUUUCUUUUGCGUGGAGCAAGGCCUCCCGCGAGUUGGAUGUCCCAGCGGUUCUGGGAGGAGCGGAAGCUCGCGAGAAGCUUCUGGCGGUGAACUCAAUGAGCAGAUUCUACCGGACCUCUGUGAGAGGCUAUUCUUCCUUAUAG